GGGACGGGGUCCGCCCCGCAGCCUACACCCAGCCACCGCCGCAGGAGCCCCUCAUUCCGCAGCCUCGCAGGGGCGCGGAGCACCGCCGGGGACGAGGACGCCAGGGAGGCGCAUCGGCGCCCGGCGAGCAGGAGACUAUGGCCAAAAUGGAGGUGAAAACAUCCCUUCUGGACAAUAUGAUUGGAGUUGGAGAUAUGGUUCUCUUAGAACCUCUCAAUGAGGAGACCUUCAUCAACAACCUUAAGAAGCGCUUUGACCACAAUGAAAUCUACACAUACAUUGGAAGUGUGGUUAUAUCCGUUAACCCAUACAGGUCAUUGCCUAUUUAUUCACCAGAAAAAGUGGAAGAUUACAGGAAUAGAAAUUUUUAUGAAUUGAGCCCUCACAUCUUUGCCCUGUCAGAUGAAGCAUACAGGUCUCUACGAGAUCAAGAUAAAGACCAGUGUAUUCUCAUUACUGGGGAGAGCGGAGCAGGAAAAACAGAGGCCAGCAAGCUUGUCAUGUCCUACGUAGCAGCUGUUUGUGGAAAAGGAGCAGAAGUUAACCAAGUCAAGGAACAGCUUCUACAGUCCAACCCUGUCCUGGAAGCUUUUGGAAAUGCCAAAACUGUAAGGAAUGACAACUCCUCUAGAUUUGGCAAAUAUAUGGAUAUUGAAUUUGAUUUUAAAGGCGAUCCACUGGGAGGAGUGAUAAGUAACUAUCUGUUAGAGAAAUCACGAGUUGUUAAGCAGCCAAGGGGUGAAAGAAACUUCCAUGUGUUCUAUCAGCUGCUCUCUGGUGCCUCUGAAGAGCUCCUCAAUAAACUUAAACUUGAGCGGGAUUUCAGCAGAUAUAACUACUUGAGUCUGGACUCUGCAAAAGUUAAUGGUGUGGAUGAUGCAGCAAAUUUCAGAACUGUUAGGAAUGCCAUGCAGAUUGUAGGUUUUAUGGAUCAUGAAGCUGAAUCUGUGUUGGAGGUGGUGGCAGCAGUGUUGAAACUGGGCAACAUUGAGUUCAAGCCUGAAUCUCGAGUGAAUGGUUUAGAUGAAAGCAAAAUCAAAGAUAAAAAUGAACUAAAAGAAAUUUGUGAGUUGACUGGCAUUGAUCAGUCCGUUCUAGAACGAGCAUUCAGUUUCCGAACAGUUGAGGCCAAACAAGAGAAGGUUUCAACUACCCUAAAUGUGGCUCAGGCUUAUUAUGCCCGGGAUGCUCUGGCUAAAAACCUCUACAGCAGGCUGUUUUCAUGGUUGGUGAAUCGAAUCAAUGAAAGCAUUAAGGCACAGACAAAAGUGAGAAAGAAGGUCAUGGGUGUUUUGGACAUUUAUGGCUUUGAGAUUUUCGAGGAUAAUAGCUUUGAGCAGUUCAUUAUUAAUUAUUGUAAUGAAAAGCUGCAACAAAUCUUCAUUGAACUCACUCUUAAAGAAGAACAGGAGGAGUAUAUACGGGAGGAUAUAGAAUGGACACACAUUGACUACUUCAAUAAUGCUAUCAUUUGUGACCUAAUAGAAAAUAACACAAAUGGAAUUCUAGCCAUGCUGGAUGAAGAAUGCCUGAGACCCGGCACGGUCACGGAUGAGACCUUCUUAGAAAAGCUGAAUCAAGUCUGCGCCACCCACCAGCACUUUGAAAGCAGGAUGAGCAAGUGCUCACGGUUCCUCAACGACACGUCCCUGCCUCACAGCUGUUUCAGAAUUCAGCAUUAUGCUGGCAAGGUGCUGUACCAGGUGGAAGGAUUUGUUGACAAAAACAAUGACCUUCUCUAUCGAGACCUGUCCCAAGCCAUGUGGAAGGCCGGCCACACCCUCAUCAAGUCUUUGUUCCCCGAAGGGAACCCUGCCAAGAUCAACCUGAAAAGGCCUCCUACAGCGGGCUCACAGUUCAAGGCCUCUGUGGCCACUCUGAUGAAAAACCUACAGACCAAGAAUCCAAACUACAUUAGGUGUAUCAAGCCAAAUGACAAAAAGGCAGCACACAUCUUCAAUGAGGCUCUAGUGUGCCAUCAGAUAAGGUACCUGGGUCUUUUGGAGAAUGUCCGCGUGAGGAGGGCAGGCUACGCCUUCAGGCAGGCCUAUGAACCAUGUCUAGAAAGAUACAAGAUGCUUUGUAAGCAAACAUGGCCUCAUUGGAAAGGACCAGCAAGGGCUGGUGUGGAGGUUCUGUUUAAUGAAUUAGAAUUUCCUGUGGAAGAAUACUCCUUUGGUAGAUCAAAAAUAUUCAUACGAAACCCAAGAACACUAUUCAAAUUAGAGGACCUAAGGAAGCAACGGCUGGAGGACUUGGCCACUCUCAUUCAGAAGAUUUACCGCGGGUGGAAGUGCCGCACACACUUCCUGCUGAUGAGAAAAAGCCAAAUUGUGAUUGCUGCCUGGUCCAGGAGAUAUGCGCAACAAAAGAGGUAUCAACAGAUAAAGAGUUCUACCUUACUAAUUCAGUCCUACAUCCGGGGUUGGAAGGCUCGAAAAAUCCUGAGGGAACUAAAGCAUCAAAAGCGUUGCAAGGAAGCAGCCACCACCAUUGCAGCAUAUUGGCAUGGUACCCAGGCGCGAAGGGAACUGAGCCGGCUGAAGGAGGCGGCUAGGAAUAAACAUGCUAUUGCAGUUAUUUGGGCUUACUGGCUUGGAUCUAAGGCUCGAAGGGAAUUGAAACGCUUGAAGGAGGAGGCUAGGCGUAAGCAUGCUGUUGCUGUCAUUUGGGCUUACUGGCUUGGACUGAAGGUGCGUAGGGAGUACAGGAAAUUCUUCAGAGCCAAUGCUGGAAAGAAAAUUUAUGAAUUUACACUUCAGAGAAUUGUGCAAAAAUACUUCUUGGAAAUGAAAAAUAAGAUGCCUUCCUUGUCUCCAAUAGACAAAAAUUGGCCACCAAGACCUUACCUAUUCUUGGAUUCUACUCACAAAGAGCUAAAAAGGAUUUUCCACUUGUGGAGGUGUAAAAAAUACAGGGACCAAUUCACAGACCAGCGGAAACUUAUUUAUGAAGAGAAAUUAGAAGCCAGUGAACUCUUCAAAGACAAGAAGGCAUUAUACCCAUCUAGUGUCGGGCAACCAUUUCAAGGGGCUUACCUGGAAAUCAACAAGAAUCCCAAGUAUAAGAAACUCAAAGAUGCCAUUGAAGAAAAGAUUAUCAUUGCUGAAGUUGUGAACAAAAUUAACCGCGCUAAUGGGAAGAGUACAUCCCGGAUUUUCCUCUUAACAAAUAAUAACCUCCUCCUUGCUGAUCAAAAGUCCGGACAAAUCAAGUCAGAGGUUCCUCUGGUGGAUGUCACCAAAGUGUCCAUGAGCUCACAAAAUGAUGGCUUCUUUGCUAUCCACCUCAAAGAGGGCUCUGAAGCAGCAAGCAAAGGCGACUUUCUCUUCAGCAGUGAUCAUCUGAUUGAAAUGGCCACCAAGCUCUAUCGCACAACUCUCAGCCAAACCAAACAAAAACUCAAUAUUGAAAUUUCUGAUGAGUUCCUGGUGCAGUUUAGACAGGACAAAGUAUGUGUGAAGUUUAUUCAGGGCAACCAGAAAAACGGGAGUGUCCCAACCUGCAAACGAAAAAACAACCGUCUCCUUGAAGUUGCUGUUCCUUAACUGGCCCCUCCUCUUCGCCUACAUGGACUUGUUUCUUUGUACUAGUGCAAUUUGCUUUUGUUUUAUUUGGGGUUCACUGUAUGUUUGGGAAUUGCCAAAGACUAAUAUUGUUAGAGCCCUUUGGCAAAACAAAAAUAUUUGACUAAUUCAUUUUUAUUAUUGGAAAAGUUUUAACCCUGAAAGUCCACAUUCUGUCCUGGGAUGGGCGUGUAGAAACUAACAUUGUCUCUGCCAUGUCAUAUGUGUUCUUUGCUUAGUCAUUAUGUUAGGUCUGUGUACCCUAAAUCAACAUAUUACUCAUCAAUCAUUAAUACAUCUAAAUGUAGGAAGAGGUCUUAAACAAUAGUGCAUUCUUUCAUCAAAUAUUUAUUGAGUGCCUACUCUAUGCUAGGUACUGUGCUAAAUGGUAUAAAAACCUAUUUUUGUUUUGGGGGCCAUUGCAUUUUGGCUGGUUUAUGCUGGCUUGACUAGGGCAAAGACAGCUUGAAAAUGUUGAGCCCAAUAGCUAUUAAUGAUGGACAGCGUUUUAGGAACACUGUAGUGUAAUUUUCGAGAGUAUCUACUUCAAGAAGGCCUGGUCCUAAGAGGUAGAACUGUAUGGCUGGGUAAAAUGCCUCUCCAUAUGGUUUCUAUUUGGAAAGAGAUAACUGACAUUUGAACAGUUCUUUCAGUUUGUUCAGAUCACUUCUAAUUGCUUCUAACAAUAGCAAACAGAGUCAUUCUUAUUUUGAAAAAGUGACAGAAGCAGUCCUAUAAGAUGGUAUUUCCCUGUAUCUGGUAAACAUCAUAUUUGAUCCUAGAUAUGCUGAUGUCUGCACAGUGUUGUUUUCAAAUUUAAGAAAAUAUUUUAAACAGCUCAUACAGUCAAGGGUGUGUGUUUCAGAUAGUGGCAGGAGUUCUGUACAAUGUGCAAUAGACAUUCAAGAUCCUUUUCAAAAGUUUUAUUUAUAAUAAACAUUUGUGUGAGGGGAGAUUGGACAGGGUUCAUAUUUUAGUCAAGGAUGAAAAUUAAAUUUGUUAAUUUGUAGGACUUUUUUCAAAUUUCCAAUGAGGAUUCAUUUUGGAAACUGCAUUUUAAACUUUGGAAUCAAAUUGUUUCUUAUUUGGGAGGAUAAUGUAUAUACAUUGGUAUGUUAAAUAAUAAAACUGUUCUAAUUUGGUGCCAUUUACUGAAUCACAACUGUAUUUUUGUAUUUCAAGCUAUUUUCUGAUGUCAUGUAUUGUCACACAGAAAAACUUUACAAUCCAAACAUUAUGUGUUCUCUGUGUAAUUGAAUUUCACUUAUCUUUUAUAAACCAGAUACAUUCAUUGAAAAUAUUUUCUGGGGGUUUUCUUUUGAUUUUGUACUUAAAAACAAUUGCGUCCAUAAAG